AUGGAGAAGAAGAAUGAGAAUGAGGAUUGGGAAAAGGAAAUCAAGAAAAGGAGCAAAGGACGGCAAAAGAUCAGAAUAGAGAAAAUAGCAAACAGAAACAGUUUACAAGUGACGUUCUCGAAGCGGCGGGCGGGGGUGUUCAAGAAAGCGAGCGAACUGAGCGCAUUGUGCGGCGCUGAAGUUGCUGUCAUUGUUGAAUCUCCUGCUGGUAAAGUCUAUUCCUUUGGAAACCCUUGUGUGGACUCUGUUAUCAAUCGCUACGAAACAGGAGGGCAUGAUGAAGACGGGUUUAGUGCCGCUCUUAGGCUUCAAAUUGAAGAAGAAAGUAAGAAGAAGUAUUUGGAAGCAAUGGGAAUUUUGGACAAGGAGAAAGCUGUGAGUGUUGGUGAUAGUGGGACUAAUAAUUGGUGGGAAGAUUUGUCUUUGGACAAUUUAGGGUUGCAAGAACUCCAAGAAUGCAUGGCUUCCAUGGAAGUAUUGAAGAACAAUUUAUUGAAAAGAGCUGAUGAUUUGGCCAAUUCUUCUCAUGAUGUUUUGCACCAAUUUGGAGCGCUUCCUCUUCACUAUUAUAAUUAUAAUUUGGGAGGACCUUCUUCAAAUUAA